AUGGUGUGUUCUGGUGGUACUUUGCUAUCCCUUGCAUCUUUCAUACUUCGCACACUCAGCCUGGGGGCUGGAAAAAGACACAGUUCAGCCAAUCUACUCUUUGAUCUUUCCAUGGGAGUCUUCAGCAACUCAGCUGUGAAGUUUGGAAACAUAAUAGGUUCCACCGCCUUCACCGUAUUUUCAACGGGUCUUUUGAUUGUGCUCAUUGUCAUGUGGGUAGUGCAUCAGAUUCUCACCUUGAAAGGAAUAGUGACGGGGCACCUCCUGAGCCUAGAACAUGGUUGGGGGAUGAAAGCUAGUGACCGCCAGUCUGCCGAGGUCAAAGAAUUGUGA